CGGCCUCCCAAGAGUCAGAGGUGUAGUUCUAAGGGAAAGUGAGAGGGGAGCCGGUGGCGGCUCGUACGGGCGGGGAGGCUGUGCGCUUUCUCUCUUGGUCGGCAGCACGGUGCUUUCCGGCUGCCGUCAAGCGCGGCACUGGGCCGGAGGGCGGGGGCCGAGGGGCUGCCAUGGCGGCGGCGGGCCGGCUGCCGAGCUCCUGGGCACUGCUGGUGCUGCUGCUUGGGGGGCUCGCACUGCUGGGAGUCGGGCCGGUCCCGGUGCGGGCGCUGCACAACGUCACAGCCGAGCUCUUUGGGGCCGAGGCCUGGGGCACCCUGGCGGCCUUCGGAGACCUCAACUCCGACAAGCAGACGGACCUCUUCGUGCUGCGGGAAAGAAAUGAUUUAAUCGUCUUUUUGGCAGACCAGAAUGCACCCUAUUUUAAACCCAAAGUAAAAGUAUCCUUGAAGAAUCACAGUGCAUUGAUAACAAGUGUAGUCCCGGGGGAUUAUGAUGGAGAUUCACAAAUGGAUGUCCUCCUCACGUAUCUUCCCAAAAAUCAUGCCAGCAGUGAACUGGGAGCUGUUAUCUUCUGGGGACAAAAUCAAACAUUAGGUGAAUUUGUUUUAAGAGUUCUUAAUAGGUAAUUUUAUGAAAUAGCUGCUUAAUGUUUUUAAUGUUUUCUUUUCAGCUUCAAUGGUGAUUUAAUUCCUGAUGUAUUUGGUGUUACAAAUGAAUCCAGCCAGCCACAGAUAUUAUUGGGAGGUAACAACACUUACAAUUCUAUUAUUUUCCUUCUAGAUUUGUUCCUCACGACAUUGUCUGCCUCUAGUACCUUCCAGUUUGAGAUAUGGGAAAAUGUGGAUGGAAAUUUCUCUGUCAAUACUGUAUUUGAAAAACCUCAAAAUAUGGUGGUGAUUGGACAGUCAGCAUUUGCAGACUUUGAUGGAGAUGGACACAUGGAUCACUUACUGCCAGGCUGUGAAGAUAAAAACUGCCAGAAAAGCAUCAUUUACUUAGCAAAAUCUGGAACAAAGCAGUGGGUUCCAGUCCUACGGGAGUUCAGCAACAAGGGCACACUCUGGGGCUUUGUGCCAUUUGUGCAUGAACAACGACCAACAGAAAUACCAAUUCCAAUUACCCUUCAUAUUGGAGACUACAACAUGGAUGGCUAUCCAGAUGCUCUUGCCAUACUGAAGAAUACAUCCGGAAGCAAUCAGCAGGCCUUUUUACUGGAGAAUGUUCCAUGUAAUAAUGCAAGCUGUGAAGGGGCACAUCGUAUGUUUAAAGUCUACUGGGAGCUGAUGGACCUAAAUCAAAUCAGAGAUGCCAUGGUUGCCACCUUCUUUGACAUUUAUGAAGAUGGAAUCUUGGACAUUGUAGUACUAAGUAAAGGAUAUACAAAGAAUGAUUUUUCCAUCCAUACACUAAAAAAUAACUUUGAAGCAGAUGCUUAUUUUGUUAAAGUCAUUGUUCUUAGUGGUCUGUGUUCUAAUGACUGUCCUCGUAAGAUAACACCCUUUGGAGUAAAUCAGCCUGGACCUUAUAUCAUGUAUACAACUGUAGAUGCAAAUGGAUAUCUGAAAAAUGGUUCAGCUGGACAACUCAGCCAGUCAGCACAUUUAGCUCUCCAACUACCAUACAAUGUACUUGGUUUAGGUCGAAGUGCAAAUUUUCUUGAUCAUCUUUAUGUUGGCAUUCCCCGUCCAUCUGGAGAGAAGUCUAUACGAAAACAAGAGUGGACUGCAAUCAUUCCAAAUUCCCAGCUAAUUGUCAUUCCAUAUCCUCACAAUGUUCCUCGAAGCUGGAGUGCCAAGCUGUACCUUACACCAAGUAACAUCGUCCUACUUACUGCUAUAGCUCUCAUCGGUGUCUGUGUUUUCAUCUUGGCAAUAAUUGGCAUUUUACAUUGGCAGGAAAAGAAAGCAGAUGAUAGAGAAAAACGACAAGAAGCCCAUCGGUUUCAUUUUGAUGCUAUGUGACUUGCCUUUAAUAUUAUGUAAUGGAACAGCUAUUCACUUGAUUAAUUGAAAUACUAAAUUUGGCUGAUAGAAGAAAAUAGGGGAUUUUGAAUAUUAUUUAUAAAUGAUGUAUCCUUUGGUAAUUAUUGAAAAGUAUUCAAAUAAAUAUGGUCUGAAUGUGUCACAAGGUCUUUUUUUAAAGCACUUUGUAUACAAAGAUUUGGGUUAUUUAAAUGUGCUGUAUGUUUUUGUUCCUUUGUGGAAUGUGUUGCAUGUACUCAGGUGUUUAUGUAUUUAUAAUCUUAUUAGAAUAAUGAUGAUGGAAAAAGACAUGUAUAAAUAAAAAUAAAUGAGCAGGGAUUUUUGUGUUCCACUUGAAUUGGUCUUGCUUUUUCUUCUAACUGCAAAUUAUACUUUUGUGAAUGUAUCACAGAUAAAGUUAUUUCACCUUCGCCACAGUGGGCCAGGAAUCACUCACUGAGGGCACACAGGGUAGUGAUUGGGUACUCUGGCUUUGGAAUUGCAGUCCAACAGGCUUGCCUUAAAUUUCCAGUUUCACCAGUCACAAGGUGAUUGAAUUUGGCUAAUUGCUUAAUCUGUGAGCCUCAGUUUUCUUGUUUACAAAUGGGGCUAAGAAUACUACUUACUUGAGUUUGUAAACAUCAAAUGGGAUGAUGUAUGUGAAGUGCUUAGCUUGGUUCCUAGCACAGAGUUAGUGCUCAAUUAAGUGGUAGUUGUCAUUGUUACUAUUUUUAGAUUUGCUUUUUACAGACUUCUACAACUAAUUAUCAAAAUAUAUAGACUCAAUAGAAUUUUAUUUUCAGGCAUGAAGAAAUCAUAUUCUUUGGAAAGCCUAAAUUCUUAGGGUGGUUGACAUCUUAUAUAACAAUUUAUUACUUGCUCGUAUUAACUACAAAUGAUAGUACCCUCCAAGAAUUAACGUGCACUAAAAAUUUUCUUUUGAACACUGAUCCUAAUCAUGUGAUAAUGAAGAGUAUUUGAUUUCUUGAAAGUAAACUGCUGUAGAUAGCAUCUGAGAAUGCAAAUCUUCAACCACAUUUUUAUUCUCAAAAGCAUUCUCUAAUUUACACUCACACUUCAGUGCAAAUUUUUGUGAACUUCACCUCACCAAAAAGUUACCCUAAGAUUUAAACCUAAGACUGGGAAAAGUUUAUAUGUCAGUGCUAAUGAUUGUCUAAUGUGCAAAUGGACAUAUGAUGCCUAUAAAACACAAAAACUUACCCCCCAAAAUUUAAUUUUGUUCUUUGUGUUAUUUUUUUCUUUACAAUUCACUGGGAAUGGCAUGUGUAUAAGUGGUUUACUUUGUGUAUCUAUGCAUGUUAAUAUGUCUCCUUAAUAAAUACUGUG